AUCUGACCUUGACUGUGGAAUAAGUACCAUGAGGCGGCGAGGAAGCCAAGCCAGUCGUGCAUCAGCCGCCGUACAGACACCACCACCAUGCGCGCCUCUCUCGUCCUCCUCGCCGGCGUCGUCCUCCUCGCCCUCCUGUGUGGGACCGAGGCUCACAAGUGCGAGGAUUGCAGCACCGUCUCCUGCCCGAGCACAGCCGACUGCACCCACGGCACCCAGCGCGAACACUGCAACUGCUGCGAUGUCUGCUUGAGGGCUGCCGGCGAGAAAUGUGACGGUCACGAGCAUAUGGACGGCAUUUGCAUUGAGCCACUGAAAUGCAAGAAAAACAUUUGUACUUAGAACUUCUACGCUGUUCAUCCUUUUUUAUAGUUAAAAGAAUGAUGAAAAAGGGGAGGAAAUAUUCCAGUGCUGUAUCCUACUUCUCAAUAUCUCAGUGAAGAAUUAAAUGCCUUGUUGUGAAAAGCAAGAUGGAAAAAAUACAUACUGUACAAUGAAAUACAAGAAUUACAUAAAUGGCAAUUGACUUUUUGACUACCAGAAUAUUCCGUCAAGAUUUGGCCAUUCCUUCUUAACUGUGUCAGUCAUUCUAGACUGGGUCAUUCUUUCUAAAUAGGGUCGUUCCUUCUAAUAUUCUAGUGGUGCAUACACAUGUAGUGUAUUUAUAGCACUUUCAUAAUCUUUGCACUCUUCUUGUAUCAUACACACUAAAGGAAAUACAGUUAUCUGAAGUCCUAAA